CGUCGAUACUCCUCGGCACGCGACAGCAUGGCGACAGGCAGCGGACUGUCAGCAGUCCGACUGCGGACGGCAUGCGGUGGGUGUCCGCACCCAUAGCCUUAGAGCGCCACUCUGCACUAGAAUGCGCGUAAAAGGAAGAUGAUCCGGACCGUGGACUCCAAGGCGGGCUGGUGCGGUCGCGGUGACAAGAAGCGCGUGUUCGAGAACCACAAACCCGUCGUGUGCUACGACAAGCCGCCGGCAGCGCAGGUUGACCGGGCCGAGUAUGACGGCAAGAGGAGCGCCGCACUCCUGGGGGACGUCGUGCAGGACUUCGUGGUGCCCAAGAGGUCCGCGAUGACGUGGACCAUGCAGCAGGGCGACCUCUGCCGCAUCACUCUGGUCGCGGGAUCGCAGGUGGGCGACAUGAACUUCUGGAACCUGGACAACCCGGCCGAGCGCUUCUACUCGGGCAAGACGCGGCAGCUGCACUCGUCGCACCUGUCCACGUACGACCGGCUGUGGAGCGUGCUGCCCUACCUGCGGCCCAUGGCCACCGUCGUGGCCGACUCCAUCAAGUACGGCAUCGACGCGGACGGCGCGGGCGUGCACGACGUCAUCGGCACACGCUGCGACGACUACACCUACAAGCUCAUCACGGGCGAGGAGCGCUGGGGCUCGUGCCACUCGUACCUCACGAAGGCGGCCAAGGAAGCGGGGCUCAGCGAGCGGGACGUCCACGACGUCUGGAACAUCUUCAUGUGCACGGGCUUCACCAAGGACACCCACCAGUACUUCUGCAAGCCCAGCCCGGCGCGGCAGGGCGACUACAUCGAGUUCAUCGCCGACAUGCCGCUGCUCGUGGGGCUCAGCACGUGCCCGCAAGGUGAUGUUUCCACGCCUGUCGGUCAGGUAGUACCUGAAGAAUUGUGUCACCCCCUUGGAGUGCAAGUGUUCAGAGCCAAGUGACAAAAAGCGGCUCAAAAUUCCUGCUUUUAUUUUUUUUAAAUCAGAUAAACGAUAAUUUUUCAAUAAAAACUUCAACAUCAA